AGAACCCGCCGCUGGUUCUCAGGGAUGUGGAGAAAAGAGCCCGAGCUGCUCUUUCACAACAAACAGCAGGACCCAUGACCCUGACACGAGGAUCCUUCACCUACUCAAAUGGCGAGGAGUACCACGGCGAAUGGAAAGAAGGUCUGCGUCACGGCCUGGGUCAGCUGACCUUCAGCGACGGGACCUGCUACACCGGACAGUUUGAGAACGGCCUGUUCAACGGCUGCGGGAUCCUGGUGUUCACCGACGGCUCCAGGUAUGAAGGGGACUUUGUGCAGGGGAAGUUCCACGGCGUGGGCGUCUUCACCCGCUUCGACGGGACGAGGUUCGAGGGCGAGUUCAGAAGCGGAUGUGUGGACGGACACGGAGUCCUGACGGCUGUGGACGGAGGCCCCCCCGGCGGUGGAGGCAGCAGCCACGAGGGCCUGUUUGAGACCAACCAGCUGAUCAGGAGAGAGAGCGGCCAGGGAGCUGUGCCGAGGGCCCAGGCAGCCGCCGCCAGGGCCCGGGCUCUGGCCAUGUGACCCUAACUGCAUCAGCCCCAGUGCCCCCAGUACCAGGGUCACCCUCGUCCCACCAUCCCCCCCAUUGGUUUGAGCAGCUGAUUAUGUCAUCUUUUCCUUUUCUUUGGUUUCUCUUCCACUUUUCUUUGACUGCGAUGUCAAGUAGGUUCUUUCUUUGGUUCUUUCCAUGCAUUGAUCUACUGGUUUUGUUCUGUCUCAUACAGUAAGCUGCAGGAUGCUCUAGAAACCAGUGUCUCCAGUGUCAUCAAUCUGCUUUUCUGCCACAGAUUCAGGAUCAGCUGAGCCAAACACAGGUUUGCUGUUCAGUUAACACGCUGGUGCUUAAUCUGAUUCAGGGUCAGCUCACCUGACAAAACACAAACUCUGGAUUCUAAUGUGCAUAUGGACGUUUUCUAGUAAACGUUGAUUUGGUGAUUUUCACGUCAAGCAGCGUCUGUGUGGGUUUAAACUGGGAUCAUUUAACUUAUCAAAACUUAAUAUUAUUCUAUAACAUUUCCUUACAUUAGCUUACAUUAGAUAAACCCUAGCUAACUUAAUUAGCUCGUAAAUUAGCAUCUCUUCUCAUCGCUUCAGUUCUGAGCUGCUCGGCCAUGUUGCUAUUUUCACUCAUAUGAAUAAAAUCUUAAUCUCACUCACUAAUCUGACUUUGACAUCAGAUCUGAAUAGUAAUCACUUCCUGAUUGAAUCCAUUACCAUUUCUAAUUAGAUUCAACUUUCAUCAUUUGCAAGCAAUUAAAGUCACAGAUAACUCUACUCUACUCUACUCUCUCUCUCUCUCUCUCUCUCUCUCUCUCUCUCUCUCUAUCUCUCUCUCUCUCUCUCUCUCAGCAGCUUGUUUACAUUGUGUAGCUACAACCGGAGAAAGAGACGAGCAGCAGAAUCUAGAAACUGUUGAUUAAACGUGUCUGUAGAGCUGAAAUAACAGAGUUUACAUACCACGCACAACAAGUUACUUAAGUGUUUGAGAUAUAUUAAAAUUAUUAUAACAAUCUGUCAAUAAUUGGUCUGCUGUUACAUUGCAGAAGGUUUUUCAGAAGUUCUUACUUUUCUUGCUCAACAGUGAUUUACUAAGAGCUUUGUCUUUAAUCCUAUUCACCCAACUACGCAGGGAAAUAAGGUCAAACAUGUUUUAUAUGAACUCUUUAUUUAAUUUUCCUCACAGAAAGAAUCGCGUCACCUUCAGUUAUUAAACUUACAUAUAGUUUAUCUUGUAUUGAAGGCAACUCAUUUCCAACAGUUAUUAGAUGAUGAAAAAAAUAACCUUGAGCAGCUCUUUCAUUAAAGAUCUUCUGGAAACAGCUUCUGCUUAUAAACUAACCUCGAAGCACAGUUUCUGAAAUACCAGAGUAUUUCCUGUAUUGCAGUUUUUCUUUACCAUAAAAUACAUUUGAAGAUACUGAUGGACUCUGGAUAUUAAAGCUUCAGCCCAUUGAUCCCCAGUUUGAACUUGGACAUUGAGACGUGUUUUGACCUUUAAGUCACCAGGUCAGUUUCCUGCCUUCCUGUUUAAACCUGACCUGACAUCCGACCUCUUACUGGUGCUCCGCUCCCAGUACCUGAAAUGUUUACGACCAGUUAG